CACUCGACCCAGGCGGGACGAGACGGGUGACCAAGGAAGGAUUUGGUUUCUUCGAGGUUAGGGUUCGCUGAUGCGAUUCAGCUAACAGUAUAGGUAGCGGUCUUCCGUUAUUGCCUUCUCUCCAUCGUUCGUCCUCUCUUUUUUUCUCCGCUGUUUGUUUGAAGUUGUGUUUUUAAUUGUUUGAUUGACUGUUGUUCGUUGCUAUACCAUCAUCGACCAAGUGGAGACGGAACCACUUUGCCAUCCACUUCCCGCCGCAUCGUUCCCUACUUGGCCGACUCUCGAUUCCAUUCCUUCUUAUGAAUCAUGACUAAAGAGUGAGAAAAGUUUGGGUUGAUAAUCACUAUCUGAAAAUUUCAUCGUGGAUUGAAACAAGGACGGGGAAAGACUUGUUUCGACUUUAAUUCUUCCAUCAACAAAAGAGAAGGCUUUGCUCUAUCGCAGAGGACGAUUUUCCACUACGCAUACUAGCACUUUACACAUUGCGCGUCCCACGACACCCUAAUACAUUGAUUCGCGACUACCAUUAUGAUCAAGACGCGAUAGAGAGAACAUUGUAAAUUUGGGCUCGAACAUCCAUCGUGUUUGAAAAAGGAGGAAACCCCCGCCGUAUAAUCCACAACCACCACCGACCACGAAAUCCGACGCUGAGAAGGGAACAAAGCCCCUCCAAACAACAAUGGAGAACCACACACCAUCCUCCUAUGCGCUCAACCCCAUGUCACCAAUAGCAGAAUCAAUCCCACCCUCACGACCCCAAACAGGCCGAACAAGUCUCUCCUCCAUCCCAUCCCUCCCAGACCACCGUCUCGAACGACCCCUCACCCGACCCCUCUCCACACAAUCCAUUGCGCAAACCUUCACCCCGCUCCACGAAUUCCUCUUCAUCGCCCUCCUCUGCAGCGCCCAAGUUACCACCCAAGCCGCCCUCGUCGGUCCACUCUCCAUCUUACAUAUCCUCGGUCCCGCGCUACACAUCACGAAUCCGGGCGUGCUCGCAUGGCUCAUCGCCGGGUACAGUCUCACAGUGGGCAGCUUCAUCUUGCUGUCCGGUCGCAUGGGCGAUGUGUGGGGGUACAAGAACAUGAUUAUUUUCGGAAACGUGUGGUUUGGGGUGUGGAGCUUUGUAGGCGGAGUCAGUGUGUGGUGUGAGGGGGAUGGGAAGAGCGUGCUAUUCAUCUUUUCGAGGGUUCUGGCGGGAAUCGGCCCUGCGAUUCUGCUGCCGAAUAGCUUGGGCUUGUUGGGCGCGACGUAUCAUAAUGGGAAGAGGAAGAAUAUGGUGUUUAGCUUGUUUGGCGCUUGUGCUCCUAACGGUGCGAUUCUGGGCGCUGCUUUUGCUGCGCUUUGGACUCUGGUGUGGUGGCCUUGGGUCUUCUUUACGUUCGCCAUUGCCAUGUUUUGCCUUGCUGGGCUGUCCGUGUUCAUCCUCCCGUCUGUUCCUGUCAGGCCGGAAAUGAGGAACCUUACUUUGAAGCAGAAGAUUGCCGAAUUAGAUCUUCUCGGCGCCACGGUCGGUAUCACGGCUAUGAUUCUCGUCAACUUCGCCAUCAAUCAAGCUCCUGGGUUCGGCUGGCAUCAGGUCUACAUCUAUGUGAUCCUGAUUGUCGGUGUUCUGCUCUUCCCUGCGUUCUUUUAUUUUGAGAUGCACGUGGCGGAAAAGCCGUUGAUCACGUUCCAGGCCCUAGGCAGCGAUGUCUCGUUCGUUCUGGGCUGUAUGGCGUGUGGAUGGGCGUCUUUUGGUAUUUUCAUAUAUUACUUCUUCCAAUUCCUCGAGCUACAGAGAGGAUUAACCCCCCUUCUUACAAUCGCUCAGUGCACACCGAUGUGUGUCUCGGGCGCUUUAGCAGCCAUCUGUUGUGGCCGAAUCAUCGGUCGUGUGGGUCCGGCCUGGGUGAUGUUGAUAUCCAUGUUGGCAUUCAUGACGGGCAAUCUUCUCACGGCCACUGCUCCAGUGCAGCAGACAUACUGGGCGCAGAUCUUCAUUGCCGCUAUCGUUAUGCCCUGGGGUAUGGAUAUGUCGUUUCCAGCGGCCACGUUGAUCAUCUCUGAUCGAGUGAAGAGGGAACACCAAGGAAUGGGUGCCAGUCUGGUCAAUACCGUUGUCAACUAUAGCAUCAGUAUUGGGGUGGGAAUAGCGGGGACAGUGGAGGUGCAUGUCAAUAAUGGAGGAAAGACCAAGGCGGAUGAGUUGUUGGGUUAUAGGGCGGCCCUCUACAUGGCUGUUGGGUUGGCAGGUCUGGGCGUUGUCAUUGCAUUGACGUUCGUAGCCAAGGGAUUCCUCAGGACAGGUGAGAAGCAGAGUAUGGAUCUGGAAGACAAAAAAGCAGAGGAUUUUGGGAUAUAG